CUCGAAACUAGGUGGAAGCAUCACCCUCAGUGCCACAACGUGGUGAACUCAUCGAUUAUAAGAUUCGGUUUGCCAAAGUGCACGUCUUUCGGCUGAUCCAAAAGAUCCGCAACUACACUGUCAACUGACUGGCAGUCGAGGCAUCGAGAGUCGCACUUGUAGAUCACGAAUGGAUGCAAUAGACUGGCGCCUCUAGCCAAGCACAUCUCUUAAGAAUGUUCAACACCACCUUUACCUCUAUAUCUUAUGUGGCUCUAGCACUGGCGAGUGGCUCAUUCGCUAUCAAUGCAAAACGUGGUCUGGCGUUUGCUGAUUCUAACAAUGCUGGUGAUAUCGCUGUCGCCAAUAACGCCCAGGUCUCUUGGGUAUAUGACUGGGGCAGUACCGCGCCGAGCUAUCUGGAAAACACAGGCAUGAACUACAUUCCCAUGCAAUGGGGUGCAUACGAUGCCGAGAAUUUUGCGGCUGCGGUGCUGGCUCAAAAAGCAAAGACAAUCUUAGGUUUCAACGAACCUGACCUUUGUUCCCAGUCGAAUAUUACACCUGUGGCUGCCGCGUCAUUGUGGAUGCAGUACAUACAACCUCUGAAGAAAAACGACGUCCGACUCGGUGGCCCGGCUGUGUCCAAUGGACCAUCAGGAACCCCCUGGUUAUCUCAGUUCUUGGGAAACUGCACUGAAUGCACGUUUGAUUUCAUACCUCUUCACUGGUACGGUGAAGGCCUCGACAAUUUUAAAAACUACGUCUGGUCGUUCCAUGGCAAAUUCUCUUCCUGUCCAUUGUGGGUCACGGAGUUUGCAUCUACUUCUUCGAAUGUUAGUGAGGUGGAAGACUUUGGCAUUCAGGCAACAAAUUUUCUUGAUGGGCUGGAUUGGAUUGGAGGGUAUGCCUGGUUCGCAUUCUACCGCCAGGAAUCAGGUUCCUACUACAGUAAGAGUAUUCUUUUCAGCAGUCUUAUGUCCCUUAUGUCAUAACCUUUUCAUCACCUAGACCUUCUUGAUGUUAGUGGCGAGCCUACUGCACUUGGAAAUGUCUACAUUCAUGGCACCAAUUAAGACCUUCCUUCUAAUUCAAGAAAUAGAAGCACAUAAGUACAUACUUCCUACAAGCUGAUUAUACAUAACGGCCGAACUCCCCAUCAGAGGACACAGUCUAUGAUCGCCCAGCGUGCCCCACGUCUUCCUUCUAUGUUGGAUCUGCCUAUACUAUGAGGCUGUCUGUGAUUCAAAUCACGGCUUGUGACGGUCCGAAUCGUGAUUCUCGAGUGGCGUUUCGUUGUCUGUCGGUCAAUCUUCUUUCGAUACUCAGAGCCACAUUACGUUACACUAUAUAUUUAAAGGUUGUCUUCAUAGCGAGCGCGAUGCCAACGGCAGUGGUGCAGGUUGACUUGAAUGAGGGCCACUGAUGCUGAACUAAAAGUGUUUCCCUGCGAGGACCGGCAAC